UUCGUGUCUGGUGAAAUGGGAGCCUUUGGAUGCAUGCCGAAGGUACAAACUUGAAAUACAAUCCGUGUAUUGGGAUGCUCGAACCAAAGCAAAUUUUUGGAGAGGCGCAUCGACAACGUGGGAAACCUUUACUACGGAGCAAAGUUAUCGCACACUUGUGACAUCCGCCACCUGCAACAAGGACCAAUUUUACUGUGAUGGUAAUUGCUAUGAAAAUAGCUGGAUUUGCGAUGGAACCGCUGAUUGUGCUUCUGGCAUUGAUGAAUUGCAUUGUGAUACCGAGCAGUGUUACGAUGGAUUUCAAUGUGGUCCUCAAUGCGUUCCUCAACGAAAAAGUUUGCAACGGAGAAUAUGAUUGCCUUGAUGGCUCUGACGAGAUGAACAGCAGUUGUGAACAGAUGAUCGAAUACUCUUCCGUGUGUUAUCAAAUAAGAAAUGGCUCUGGCCAUUUAUCUUCUCAAGUAACAUCACCGAAUGAUGUCAAUAGCACCCCCAUUCACUUGAACAGAGAAACACAUUGGUCGAAAUCGCUUUUCUUGAUAUCGGUGCAAAGCAACCAUCAGAUAUGGUUAAGUUUUAACAAAUUUCACACUCCAGAGUACCAUACUUUGAAGGUUUAUGAUGGGCUUUACUCAAACAGCCCACUUAUUCUGUCUCAUAGUGGAGCAACUAGACCUCCAUCGAUACGGUCAUCUUCCAAUCAUUUGUAUCUGGAGAUCCCCUCCUUUUACCAUCAAAGCUAUGGAGUUGAAGUUUUCUAUACAAGCAUGGCCAGCACAAAGAAGCCGUUCAUUCCCGGAUGUGGAGGCUAUGUCUACGGCGACGGUGUCAUCUCCUUCCCGAAUUUCCUCUUGCUUACUGCCGAGAUUACCGAAUGCGUUUGGUUUGUCGAAGCGGGUCAAAGCAACCGUGCCACCACGCUAAAGAAAAGUUCUCUUUUAUCGAAUGGGACGAAAUUAACAAGCAACGCAGCUGCUAGUCAAAUGGAUCUUCAUUCCGUGAUGAUUGUGAGUGACGGGUGGAACUCAUCCGGAGAAGUGUUGUAUGAUUCAAGAAUCGCCUCCGGCCUACAAGCCAGGACUGUCACCUAUUCUAUUAGCCACAAAACAACAAUCCGGUUUCUCAGACCGGAGAACCAAACCAACAACAAAGAUCACGAUAACUGGAAUCUUUCUUUGAACGUUUCCACAAUGCAUAUACCCGAGUAUGCUGUGGUAAAUAUGACUGCUGGAUCAUCAGGAACGAUUAAAAGUCCAUAUUUUCCAGUACUUCCGUACGAAGGAAAUUCCGACUUCCGAUGGAACAUCCAUGCUGAUUCGAAUUCGACGAUACGACUGCUAUUUGCUUUCUUCGAUACCCAAGAGGGGUCUGAUUACAUUUACGUGUAUGACGGACCUACGGUGAAUUCCAGCCUUAUCCUGGAGAAAACGGGGACAGUCUCAUCGCCUUUUACAGUUCAUUCGUCGACGAAUGAAGUCCUUGUCCGAUUUGUGUCCGAUGAUGACUUCACGUUACACUCCGGAUUUCUCGCUUUGUACUCGCCAGUUUGAAUCCUUUGAUUUUCAAGAGAAAACCUGAAGGCGAUACUUGAGGACUGGUCAGUUUCUUUAUAGCUCUGGCAAUGUUCUGUUGCCUAAUAUACUUGUAGGUUCAUCUGAAAUUCUUGCAGAAUAUGAAAGACUAACCAACUGAUUGUAAGGAAGCAUUGAAAUGUUGAAUGGCCUGUGAAUAAAACGUGCAAAAGAGA